AUCCGAGUCGUUAACACUUCCAUCUUCGGAAGCUUCUUUCAUUUCUUAUUUCUCUUCCCCAUGUUUGAGAUUUCCUUGCCAAAUUCGCAUCAAAUUACCAUUUUCCUUCCGAGAUUCGACUUGGCUCGAGAGAAUUCCUGUAAUUAGUGCCUUAUUCCACUCGUGAGCUUCAGGAAUUUCCAUGGAUUUCGAUUUUGAUUUCGAUUUCGAUUUCGGGAAGAAGCGCCUCCAAGUUCUGGUGUUCAUCAUCGGCAUCAUCUCCCUCAGUUUCACAGCGGAGAAAUGUCGACAUCUGGUCGGGGAGGAAGCGUCGUCCCAGAGUGGAAAGUUCACAUUCUUGAAUUGUCUUGAUAUGGGUUCUGGGUCUGUUGCUUGUGGUGUGAAGGAGGGGGUGAAGCUCUACUUCUACAACAUCCAAUCGGCCCAUGUUGAGAGAGCACGACUCAAAGCUCUCGAGAUGACAUUGGCCGAUGCAGUAGCGCAGGGAAUGUCUGCAAAAGAAGCAGCAAAACACGCACAAAAAGAGGGAGUCAAGGCAGCAAAGCUGGCAAAGAGACAAGCGAAACGCAUCAUCGGGCCGAUCAUCUCUUCUGGAUGGGAUUUUUUCGAAGCGUUAUACUAUGGUGGUUCCGUCACAGAAGGCUUCCUCAGGGGCUCAGGGACACUUUUCGGUGUCUAUGGGGGCGGUUUCAUUGGCGAGCAAAGGCUCGGGAGGUUCGGGUACCUCGUAGGAAGUCAUUUAGGUAGUUGGGUUGGAGGUAGAAUAGGACUCAUGGUAUAUGAUGUUGUCAAUGGAAUGCAUUUCCUGCUCAAUUUUGUUGAAGGUGAAGAAGAAAGUGUAGUCCAUGAAAAGGCAGCUUACGUCGAAAACGAAGCUUCGGACGACUCCCUUGUUAACGAAGCUCCUAUUUCCACGAACUCCGAAGGUUCUGAAGAAUCAUACAACUAUGAAUCUUCGCCGUCUGAUGGUUCUGUAGAUUAUGAAAACUCCGAGUCUAGGUGACGUAAUUUUCUUUAUGGUUGGUUGAAUUAGAAUCAAGAAUGUGAGAAAAAUAGGGUUCGCUUGCUUUACAAACACAUUUUUAGAUGUUCUUUCAUGCUCAUGAACGUAGAAAACUGUUAUUUCAAGACUCCAAUUUCAGAAGCCAUGGGAAUUGGAAAUUUAUAGAACACUUGAUACUCAUUUUGGUUUGAUUCG